AUGUGGGUUCCAUCCCUCAGAAGCAUCAACUGGUGGCAGUCUGGUUGUCUUUCCUUCGGGCGUACGUUGAUCAUUCCCCCGCUCAUGCAAGCCGUUCGGGGAACCCAGUAUAGUUCUGACUGGGGUACCAAGAUAACGGUCCAUGUAGGAACUAUCAAAUCUACAGUAGAAGCACUUCCGCAGAGAAUGGAUGUUCUGGUUGUUCAAGGAACCGAUGCAGGAAGACAUCAGUGGGCCCAGGGUACUAGUUUGAUAUCCCUCUUGCCUGAGGUGCGAGAUCUUCUGUCCAAAUUUCAGAAUACAACCACUGCUAUUCUGGCAGCUGGUGGCAUUGUGGAUGGGAGGGGCUGUGUUGCUGCUCUCGGCCUAGGUGGGUUGUUCCGUUCCCCUUUUAUUGCAGAUGAUUGGCAGAUAUAG